CAGGUCCUUGGCCCCCGGGAACCUUCCCUCUCCAGUUUUGUCCCUAGAGGAAGAGGAGCAGGAUGAAGAGGAUGAGGCCAAUGAAGACGCAGCUCAGCCGGAGGAGCUGUGCAGCGAGGAGCACCCGAGCCAGUUCUUCUCCGAGGCUCGACGACUGCGGGAGCAGAGGCUGUUACUGGACGAAGAGUGCACCGAGCAGCCCUUGCCUGUGGCAGUGAGUUCUUCGGGGCCAUGCUCCUGAGUGGGAUGAAGGAAUCCCAGGGCAGGAAAGUGUCUCUGCGUACCAUCUCUGCUCAGGACUUGCAGCUUCUUGUCUCUUUUGCCUACUCUGGGGUUGUGCGGGCAAGAUGGCCAGGACUGCUGCGAGCUGCCCAGGCUGCUCUGCAGUACCAGAGCACUUCCUGCCUGGCUCUGUGCCAGAGAGCCUUGGCACACGGCCUCAGCCCUGCCCGUUGCCUGGCCCUGUUCCCCAUGGCUGGAGCCCCUGGGUUGGAGAGACUCUGGAGCAAAGCCCGUCACUACCUCCUCACCCACCUACCUGCUGUGGCUUUGUGCCCCAAUUUCCCUUCUUUACCAGCUGCCCACCUAGCUGAGCUCCUAGACAGUGAUGAGCUGCAUGUGCAGGAGGAGCUUGAGGCCUUUGUGGCUGCACGGCGUUGGCUAGCUGCCAACCCUGAGACCCAGGAAUCAGAGGCCAAAGCUUUGCUGCGAUGUGUUCGCUUUGGCCGCAUGUCCACCAGGGAGCUGCGGAGGGUGCAGGUGGCUGGACUACCCCCAUUCCUGCCCCUGGACUUACUACAUCAGCUGUUGGUAGAGGCUGAGGUUCCAGGUCAGGGGAGACGGAGGGAACCUAACCAGGCACUGGUGGUGAUUGGUGGGGAUGGGCUCAGAUCAGACAUGGCUGUAAGAAAGCCAACCCGAGGAGUGUGGUGGGCCCGGGCCUUCUGCUGUGGAGUGGGACUGGUGAGAACUGUGGAGUGGGGGCGGCUGCCCACCCUGCCUGCCCCUGGGCGCUUCCGUCAUGGGGCUUCAAGCAUUUCAGGAAAUGAACUGUAUGUGUGUGGAGGACAGGACUUCUAUAGCCAUUCCAACACCCUGGCUUCAACUCUCAGAUGGGAUUCCAGCCAAGAAGAAUGGGAGGAGAAGGCACCUUUGUGCCAGGCUCGCAGCUUUUUCCCCCUGGUGACACUGGAUGGUCAACUUUAUGCCCUUGGUGGGCGAAACAAUGGUGUUGCCCUCAACUCUGUGGAGACUUACAAUCCUGAGCUCAAUGUUUGGAGGCCUGCGCCUGAGCUUCCAGCACCAUGCUUUGCCCAUGCCGCUGCUGUUUUGGAGGGUCAGUUGUAUGUGAGCGGUGGUUGUAAUGAAAAUAGCCAAUAUCUGGCCACGUUGCUGCACUAUGAUCCCAAACUUGAGAAUUCAGGGAUGUUCCUGAGCCCUAUGGGGGUACCUCGGGCUGGCCAUGUCAUGGCUGCUCUGGGUGGACGGUUGUAUGUAGCAGGUGGGCUGGGUGAGACUGGGGACUUGCUGAGCUUCGAGGCCUAUGAACCAAGGACUGAUAGCUGGACUCACCUUACACCUCUGCCCUCUCCCCAUGUGGGAGCUGCAAGUGCCGUACUGCAAGGGGAGCUACUAGUACUGGGAGGCUACAGCCACCGUUCCUAUGCCAUCUCCCACCUGAUUCAUGCCUACUGUCCUGGCCUGGGCCGAUGGCUCUGCCUAGGAACUCUGCCGAAGCCUCGGGCUGAGAUGCCUGCCUGCAUCCUGGCACUGCCCACCGUGCAAAAGAUAGCUCUGAGUCCCACCCUGCACAAAACCAAACCUGCUGGGUGAAGAGGGAGCAUCAGCAUGAGGAGGGUGAUGAGGAAGGCAUAA